AUGCCCGAGCACUCGGAGGUCAUGGGAGGGCGGAUAUCUCGUCAGCGCGGCGGGGGCCAGCAGGCUCCUGACAACCGCCGCCCGAACCCAGCCUCGAUGAGCACGAUCUCCAGCCGGCAGUCCGUCUCCGCCUCGGACCGCAAAGCCGGCGUCUCGCGCCACCACGGCAGUGCGCAGACCCAGAGUUCCCGUCUCCACGCCCCAACCACGUCGCAGCGGGUGAGUUCCCCGACCAGCUCGGAAGCGGGCGAUCAGCGCUCGACUGUUUCCGGAAAGACGUCCAGUGGGCGGCCGCGGGGACCCAACCUCUUUUCAGGCUCUUCGAAGAACAAGGCGUCGCCGAGCACCAACAGCACCUCCGCGACGGCCUCGCUGUCCCCGCAGCCCUACACGCCGACGCCCGAUGCGCACAAGGCCGGAACUGGGGCGUCGCCUGCCGCGGGAACUGGUAGGCGAUGUGUCCCUAGCCCCGGCGCGGCUUCGGCGGCGGGCCGAGAAGAGGUGUCCUCGCGCCACGUGAUUCGGCGCCCCAGCGAGAGUCGCGUAGCUUCGACGUCGCCGACCCCGCGCGACAAGGAGGGAGGGAUCGAUCGCUCAAAGUUCAUCUUGGAAAACACGGGAGCUCUGACGGACUUCUACGAGAUCGAUACUGCCACACUGGGACAGGGAACGUACGGCUCGGUCUCCAAGGCGCGAAAGAAGGACACGGGCCAGAUGCGCGCCGUGAAAACCAUCAGCAAGAGCCAAGUCAAAAACCUCGAGCGCUUCAGACAGGAAAUCGCCAUCAUGAAGGAUCUCGAUCACCCGAAUGUCAUAAAGCUCUUCGAGACCUUUGAGGACCACCGCAACAUUUACCUCGUUAUGGAACUCUGCACUGGAGGCGAGUUGUUCGAUCGAAUUAUUUCGGAAGGCCGCUUGACUGAGAAGCAGGCUGCCGUCCUCAUGAAGCAGAUGUUCUCUGCGGUCCACUACUUGCAUUCCAACAACAUCAUGCACAGAGACUUGAAACCGGAAAACUUCCUUUUCCUCGACUCGGCCCGCGACUCGCCUCUGAAGAUCAUCGACUUCGGUCUCUCCUGCCGCUUCAAAAAAGGCGAAUUCGUUUCCACCAAGGCCGGAACGCCGUACUACGUGGCUCCUCAAGUGCUGCAAGGCAAGUACGACUUUCGGUGCGACGCGUGGUCCCUGGGAGUUAUUCUCUACAUUCUGCUUUGCGGGUACCCGCCCUUCUACGGAGAGACAGACGCGGAAGUUCUCGCGAAAGUGAAGACCGGCGUCUUCUCCUUCAGCGGGCCGGAGUGGAAGCGCGUCAGUGAAGAGGCUAAGGAACUUAUUCGCCACCUCAUCAAUCUCAAUCCGCAGGAGCGAUACACGGCCGAGCAGGCACUCCAACACCCGUGGGUCACCACGCUGGCCCGCAACAGCCAGAACGUGGCUCUGCCGACGACGCUCAUGUCGAACUUGAAGGCGUUCCGAGCGCAAAACAAGCUGAAGAAGGCCGCGUUAACAGUCAUCGCGCAGCACAUGUCGGAGAAGGAAAUCGACCACCUUCGGCAGAUCUUCAUGACGCUCGAUGUCGAUAACAGCGGAACGCUUUCCGUUCAGGAGGUUCGCGAGGGGCUGAAGCGUCUGGGGUGGACUGAGAUCCCCGCCGAUUUGCAGGCCAUCAUCGAAGAGGUGGACUCGGACAAGUCGGGUCACAUCGACUACACGGAGUUCAUUGCGGCCACAAUGGACAAAAAGCUGUACAUGAAGGAAGAUGUCUGCUGGGCGGCGUUCCGCGUCUUCGAUCUGGACGGCAACGGCAAAAUCUCGCAAGACGAACUGAAGAAGGUGCUCGGAAUGCCGGACGUUGAAACGGCGGUGGGCCGAGCCACGAUCGACGCGCUCCUCACCGAAGUAGACCUGAAUGGAGACGGCGAGAUCGACUUCGACGAGUUCAUGUACAUGAUGAGGAAGAAGGAACCGGCAGAGAAGCGCUUUGACGUGUCGUCGCGGAAGACGUUGCAUGCGACCGCACCCUCCCAGGAGACUCGCCGUUCGGUCGUCCAGCGUCCUACCCUGGGCACGGGUCCGCCGCGUGCCUCUGUGGCGUCGCGCUCGGGAACUGUGGCGAAGGGACCCCCGGGCGCGAACUGCAAACUGGAGUCUGCAGGCGCAGCGUCCAGUUAA